AUGAGCGCGAGCGCGAGCAGCACCCGCCCCCUGCCCGUGCUGAUAACGUCGCGCAGCGUACCCGGCCGCGUCGCCUCGCUGUCGCGGCGCAACGUCGCGUGGAGCGCGGACGGGCAGUGCCUCCUCGUCUCGCGGCAUGGCGUGUCGAUCACGGCAAGUAUCUGGCGUGGGACACCACACCUGAUAUCUACCCUUCCCGCGCCGAGCGUGCCGCUCAACUCGAGCAUCUACGACGCGUUCGCGCCCAAGGCCUUGCUCGAGGAAGGCGACGACGACGACGAUAACAAGGACGACAUUGACGUGGACGGCGACGGCGGGCCGUCGGCACGCAAGCUUGCGCGGCCCAAGGACGGGGAGGUGUGCUGGUGGAUGACGAGCGUUACGUUCGACAGUAAUCGCCAGCGGGAGGACGUGUAUGACUGGGCGGACGUGGGCGAUGAGUACAGCGCCGUCCUGACCGACAAUAACCGACACGUGCGCAGCGCGGUGUGGUCGCCGUCGUGUAUGAGCCGGAUAGGCAGCGCCGUCGUAGCGGUGCUCACCAACUCGCUCAGCGUGUCAAUCUACGAGCCGGCAGGCGACCCCCUCUCGCGCGGGUUCGAGGAGGCCGCCGACCUCUCCCAGGCCAUGAUGCGCCUGCUUGGGCCCGACCUCGUGCCGGACAACAAGCCGACCACGCGGGCGAUGCUGCGCAUGCGCUUCACGUGCUUGGAGUGGAGCGACGCGCUGCCCAUGGACAGCAUGAUUGGGGUUGAUGGGAGCUUGCUCGCGCUCGGGAACCGCGCGGGCGGGGUCGCGUUCUGGAGUUAUGCGAACGGUACUGCGAGCCUGAUCGCCGAGGUACCCGUCCUACCGGCGUCGCCAUUCGUAAGCGACCUCACAUGGUCCAAGUGGCAGGCGGUGAACGAGACUACUCGAACCGACGGCUCAGUAUGCACGCUCUCCGUCCAGCGGAUAGCUGUCCAGUCCAAAGACCAGGAUCCGACGUGGAGACUGGAGCUCGGCGAGCCGGUGGUCAUCUCCCCUGCCGACCGGCGCACAAUCACUGCCAUCAAGUGGCUCACUGACGAUCUCGUGAUCUGGACCAAGUCUGGCUCUGUUCACUUCUGGCAGGCGUCACGGGGCGCUGUGAAGAGCGUCCGCCUGCAGCCGAUCGGCAACUGGGCCGGCUCGAGCCCGCUCACCGCCUGUGCUGGUAUCCACUUCGUCGCGCCGUCUACCGUGCUCGUCGUCCUUGGCACCCUGACACACCAUGUGCUCGUCGACGUGACCACCGAGCCCAAGCUCGCCCCGCUUGCCGAGUCGCUCCGCCUCUCGCUGGCGGCACGCGACGCGUUCCUUGACGUGUCGCGCAACACGACAUUACGGACCCUCCUCAUGACUAGCGACCGCGAACUGACUGCCUCAACUGCUGGGUAUGCCGCCCUUGGGGGGUCGUUUGACAUUGCCACAUGGAUUACAGAACCCCUGACACUACACAACCUCGACAGCUUGACCGAGGUCCAUCGUAUCGAUGAUUUCAUCGUUACCGACCUGAAGCACACGCAGGCGACGCCAGAGUCGAUCGCCCAGGAGGUGGAGAAGGUGCUCGCGGAUCCACCACGAUGUAAGCUUUCCGGAACGGCUGAGCUGAUAUUAGUGUUUGACGUUGCGCCGCUUGUGCCGCUCAUCUCGCUGGUGCUUCGCACCCUCGCCAGCGACUCCGACUCCGGAGAGCUGCUGCUGAAAAUAAUCUCCGCCUUCGACCCCGAUACCGCGGGCCCAUCAUUGGAAUCAUCGCCUUCAUCACCACGGCAAGCCCUGAUUCAGGCGCUGUGGGCUCAUAAACCACUCGACCGGCUACGCCUCAGGCUCGUUCUCGCUUAUUGGGGACAACGCACGUUCCCCAGUGCAUACGACGAGUUUACCACCGUAGCACGAUCACUGGCGUCGACGCUGAGACGUACCAUCGCGUCGCUGACGCUGGAAUGGGCGGUGCGGCAUACCUCGGCAUCCCUCGGUGCAAUCGAUGAGCUCUACAUCCACCACCUGAUUGCGCUUAGUGGCGGAUCUGGGCAUAUCGGUGCUCGUAUCGUCAACUCGGCCACAAGCGCGGAUGGCACCGACUCGUGCCCUGCGUGUAAGAGUGAGAUUCCGUUCGUGGCGGACAGCGGGGCGCGGUGUGCCAAGGGGCAUGAAUGGGAGUAUCGCUUGUGUCCUGUGUGUCCUGCCGUGUCCCUCAUCCCCAGGAGCCAGAUGGUGGCGGGUGGGGGCGGCGCGGCAACCGAGGCCAACGGCUCGGCGGCGGCGGCGGCGACGACAAGCGACUCGCUUGUGCAGUUUGCACUCGAGUCCGCAGUGCAUUGUGUCAUGUGUGGCGGGCGGUGGUCAACCGCGUUGUGA